CUGUCUUGCCAGCAUAAGAGUGGUUUCAUUGCGUUGCUCAGCCUGGUUGCUUGAUGCUAUGGAUGAAAAUCAUUCGGACUUCAUCCAGCGUUUGAGAAGUUUUCCCCAUGCAAGCAUCAUAUACUGGAGGAUGGUCAGCUGUAUCAGGGCUGCUGGACAGGGCUGGUCUCGGCAGAUGGACGUGUGUCUCCUGCUGAGCUGUCUGUUGCUUCUGUUCUCAUGCACAGCUGCAGGGAACAUGAGUGCUGAGGCGAGGGCUGACGAGCUCCUGGCUCUGACGCAGGACGCCUCCUCCCUCAACUCCUCCCAGGUGGAGCAGCUGGUAUCCCAGCUGGAGGUGCUGCUGUCGGGGCCCAACGUGAGCCUGGCCCUGGGGCGCACCUCCGUCAACAUCGCCAACAACCUGCUCAACGCAUCCGCAGCCGCCGUGGCCUCCUCCUCCACCAGGCUGAUCCGGAUCGUGGACACGGUGGGGCUGAAGCUGGAGGUGGCGGGGGAGACUGAGUCCAUCCUGUUCGACUCUCUGGCCCUGGCUGUGAGCCGCGUGGACGGGACCAACUUCAGAGAGACCACCAUCUCCAUCGCCGACCCCACAGACCUGCAGAUCGUCCCCAGGGUGAAGCGGUCGGUGUCGUGGGUGGAGGGGAGGGCUAAGCCCCCCCAGGGCUCCAUCACGCUGCCCUCCACCCUCACACAGCAGCUCAGCCCACAGCAGCAGCAGGAGGCCUCCAGACUGCUCUUCAACUUCUACCAGCGCAGCACCUUCUUCCAGGACUCGGGUCUGAAGUCGGGGAGGCUCAACAGUGGCAUCCUGAGCACCAGUGUGGCUAACCUGUCAAUCAGAGGUCUCCAAGACAACGUCACCAUCACUCUGAAGAACAACAACCCCAUUCCGGAGAACAGCACUCUUUCCUGUGCCUUCUGGGACUUCACUCGGAAUGAUGGCUCUGGGGGCUGGAAUGCUGAUGGAUGUAAUGUUGUUAAUUUCACCGAUGAGCAGACAAUCUGCAGCUGCAGCCACCUCACCAGCUUUGGCAUCCUCCUGGACCAGUCGUUUGGAGAGAAUAUCAGUCGACUGCACUCCCCAAUUCUGAGCUACAUCAGCUACAUCGGCUGCGGCAUCUCUGCCAUCUUCCUCUCCAUCACACUGCUCACCUACCUGUCCUUUGGUGAACUGCGUAAGGACAUGCAGUCUAAGAUCCUGAUCCAGCUGUGCUUUGCGCUGCUGCUGCUGAACCUGCUGUCCCUGCUGGACGGGCUGUGGCUGGCGCACUACCCAGAUGUUGUGGGCCUCUGCAUAAGCACCGCCUUCUUCCUGCACUACUUCCUGUUGGCCUCCUUCACCUGGAUGGGCCUGGAGGCCGUGCACAUGUACAUCGCCCUCGUCAAGGUCUUUUAUCGCCACAUCUCCCACUACAUUCUCAAGUUCAGCCUCAUCGGCUGGGGUGUCCCACUCAUAGUGGUCAUCAUCGUCAUCGCCAUCGAUAAGGACAACUACGGCCUCGUCUCUUACGGGAAGUACGAUGAUGGCAGCACUGAUAAAUUCUGCUGGUUGAUGAAUGACAUUGUGUUCUAUGGGGCUGUGACAGCAUACACCUGCGUCAUCCUUCUGAUGAACCUGGUCAUAUUUGUGGAGGUCCAACGGGCGAACCGUGGCCUCCUACUGGAUGCCCGCAGGAUGGCCGCAAUCACCGUGCUCCUCGGACUCACCUGGGGAUUCCAGUUCUUCGCCUGGGGGCCUCUCAACCUCGCCUUCAUGUACCUGUUUAACAUCUUCAACACACUGCAGGGGUUCUUCAUCUUUGUGUUCCACUGUGCAAUGAAGGGGAACAUAAGGAGACUUUGGAGAACGUUCCUGUGCUGUGGCAAAUUGAGACUGGCUGAGAACUCUCCCCACACUGACGGUGGUCCAUUACAGUGAUGCAAGUUGGAUGUAAAAAAAAAUGAUAUACCCUUAAAUACUGAGGAAGAACAUCACUUCUUCCCAAACUUUAUACAUUGCAUGUAAACUAUACAAAAUGUAAUGUCCAACACUUUCAAUUUAGGGAGUCCAAACAUUUCUCCCACUGGGUGAAAUUAGCAAAUUCAGAGGCAAAAGAAACAGACUUGGUAAACAAUGCUAAACAUGAGAAAAUGAGUAUGAGAAUGAAAACCGCUCAAGAUCUAAUCAGGUCAGUGUGUUUGGUAUGCAGGAGAAAAGUCUGACCAAGAUGGCAGAGGCUGCCAGAGCUGUAAUAUGAAAACAUGUAUGUGAUUGUGGUACUAUGUUGAUUUUGAGUUUUCUGGAGGAACACUGGUGCUUGUGUGACAAGAUAGCAAGUCAAAAGCAGAAGCCAAACAUUUUUCUACAAGAAACAUUUUGUUUAUUUUAUCUGAAAAUGUUCAAAUAUUUACAGUGGCAAACUGGAUGAAAAAUGCAACAAAAUAAAUUGCCAUUAAGUAUGCAGGUGAUGUCGAGGCCGUGUUCACUCAAACAAGAACAUGUGCAUAGUGAGGCCAUGGGGCCUAAUACAGCCUACAGCUAGCUGUAGCCCCACCCACUGAAUAGCCCCAUUGCUAAGAUAAAUCAAUGAACUAACAUACAACACAAUCAUGACCAAAUAAUAAAUCGAACGAGCAAACAUAAAAUAAGUCUGCAGCACAGUUCAAUUUCCCACCCUAUUAAGUCAAAUGGCCACAUUGUGACCCUGGCAUUAGAGUCCCUUAUUUGAAUGGAAUUGUUCAUGGCAACAGGACCACACCUAAGCAUCCUUCACCAAAGAGAGGACAUGCUGCAAACCUGUUCCCCUGAACAGACUGUCCAUCAGCCUCUGAAAUGUGGCCGGCGCUCCAUACAACCCAAAAGGCACAAGGUGAACUGGAAGUGCCCAAUACAAGUGUUUUUAUAAUCUGAUGUACUUGGUAUCAAUGGAUAGCUCUGUGUCUCCUCUUUCGUCCAACAUGCGUGCCAUAUCUUUGAGUAUUUCAAACGAUGGGUGCGCAGGUGAACGCAGAGCAGUAUAGACUGUAAACAUGAUGCAAUUUGAUUUAAUUUCAUGACUCUUUUUUUAAUUUGCAUACUUGAUCGUACAGACAAGUGUGUAGUCUCGUUGGUAAGCCCCACUUCUGCUCUGCCAUUCAAAACACCCUCUUAUGUCGCUGCAAUGAGCUGUACUCAUAAAACGAGGCAUUGGAAAGUUUGUAAGUAGCCUAAAUACACCGGGAGUUUAUGUAAAUAACACUUGCCUGAUGGCUUCCGCUCUCUGCUGCUUCAACGUUACUUCCGUUGUUUGGGAAAAGCCUGUAGAAGUCCUGCCAGAAAGCGACGCAUAUAUUUUAUAAAUGCUUGUAUUUUCAGGUCAACACUUAAAAAGAUAUUUUAAAUAUCAUCCAGUUAUCAAUAAAUGUCUGUGGAGUGCUGAAUUCAAAAGCUUUUCCCUUACACUUUUGAGUUUUGCAAAGGACUUUUAUGGGUCCAGUGGAUAAGUUCAGUGGAUGGCUGCAGCGGAGGCUCUCCAGUGUCUAUUGACCAUAACAGCAGCAGUCCAGCACCAUAGCUGAACAGUCUAACUUCUGCUAACUCAUAGAAUCUACUGUCCAGUGUCUAUUGACUAUAACAGCAGCAGUCCAGCACCAUAGCUGAACAGUCUAACUUCUGCUAACUCAUAGAAUCUACUGUCCAGUGUCUAUUGACUAUAACAGCAGCAGUCCAGCACCAUAACUGAACAGUCUAACUUCUGCUAACUCAUAGAAUCUACUGUCCAGUGUCUAUUGACUAUAACAGCAGCAGUCCAGCACCAUAGCUGAACAGUCUAACUUCUGCUAACUCAAAGAAUCUACUGUCCAGUGUCUAUUGACUAUAACAGCAGCACAGUCCAGCACCAUAGAUGAACAGUCUAACUUCUGCUAACUCAUAGAAUCUACUACGUGUUCAUGAGUUUUUAUUUUUUACUUCAGCACAGUCUGUAGAUGUUUGCAUAGUAGUGCAUACAUAUUUAUUUAGAUACAUUGCAUUUAACUUUUGUUUAUUAUUUCAUUUCAGUUCAGUUGUAUGGUAUGUGUGCGCUUGUGAGUGUGUAUCUUUGCAUUUUUGCCUGUGUGCUUGGUCUUUACAUUCAAGAACAUAUCAUAUUUGUAGCUUAAAUAAAUGCAUUUUAUUGUCUUUGGUGAUUAAAAAGGAGUUGUACAGCAAUGAUCUUGAGGCCUCUAUACAAAAUAAACAUAAAUAAACAAUAACAAGCGCUCAUGUACUGCAGAUAACACAAAACUGAUCAUUCUUUGGAGAC